AUCAGAAUAUACCACUGACUCCCACUCCUAUAAAUGCCGACAUUGGGAAAUACGACUGCCAAAUCCUCACCUCUCUUCUUAUCCCCAAAAUAUUGAUAUAAACACCGAUUUCUCAGAAGAUUUGAUCUAUUUUGUUUGUUAAUUUGAGACCAAAAUCACUAAUUUCGCUGCUGAUCUGAACGAAAAUGGCCGGAGUGGACUAUCUAGCUGAUGAGAGGAACAAGGCGGAGUUCGAUGUGGACUCCAUGAAAAUUGUGUGGGCUGGUUCUCGUCACACUUUCGAAGUUGCCGAUCGAAUUUCCAAGCUUGUGGCGAAUGAUCCGGCAUUUCGGAAGGACAACAGGCCUAUGCUGGCAAGAAAGGAAUUGUUUAAAAAUACACUUAGGAAGGCAGCUUAUGCAUGGAAGCUUAUUACUGAACUUCGCCUAUCAGAAGAAGAAGCAUCUAAGCUAAGGUUUUUCGUGGAUGAACCAGCGUAUACUGAUCUUCAUUGGGGAAUGUUUGUACCAGCUUUAAAAGGGCAAUGCACUGAUGAACAGCAGAGCAAGUGGCUGCCAUUGGCUUAUAAGAUGCAAAUAAUUGGCUGCUAUGCCCAAACUGAACUUGGUCAUGGCUCCAAUGUGCAAGGCCUUGAAACUACUGCUACGUUUGAUCCUCAAACUGAUGAAUUUGUGAUCCAUAGUCCUACAUUGACUUCAAGUAAAUGGUGGCCUGGAGGGCUGGGCAAAGUAUCUACACAUGCUGUAGUAUAUGCUCGUCUCAUUACAGAUGGUAAAGAUCACGGUGUUCACGGUUUUAUUGUCCAACUACGGAGCAUGGAAGAUCAUAAACCACUUCCAGGAAUCACCGUUGGUGAUAUCGGAAUGAAAUUUGGAAAUGGAGCUUACAAUACCAUGGACAAUGGUGUGCUGACAUUCGAUCAUGUUCGUAUUCCGAGAGAUCAGAUGAUGAUGAGGGUAUCACAGGUGACUAGAGAAGGAAAAUAUAAGCAAUCCGAUGUACCACGGCAGUUAGUUUAUGGGACUAUGGUAUAUGUUCGCCAGCAGAUUGUGGCAGAUGCUUCUUGUGCUUUAUCAAAAGCUGUUUGUAUUGCUACUAGGUAUAGUGCGGUCCGUAGACAGUUUGGAUCACAGAAUGGUGGUCCCGAAACUCAGGUGAUUGACUACAAAACUCAGCAAAACAGACUAUUUCCUCUCCUGGCUUCUGCUUAUGCCUUUAGAUUUGUUGGUGAAUGGCUCAAAUGGCUGUACACGGAUGUCACUCAAAGACUUGCAGUCAAUGAUUUUUCAACAUUGCCUGAGGCUCAUGCAUGCACUGCAGGAUUGAAGUCCUUGACUACUACUGCCACUGCUGAUGGAAUUGAAGAAUGUCGGAAGUUAUGUGGAGGCCAUGGUUACCUCUGUACCAGUGGGCUUCCCGAGUUAUUUGCAGUUUAUGUUCCAGCUUGUACAUAUGAAGGAGACAAUAUUGUUUUACUUCUACAGGUUGCUAGGUUUCUCAUGAAGACUGUAUCCCAAAUUGGAAGUGGCAAACAGCCAGUUGGGACUAUUGCUUAUAUGGGAAGGGUUGAACAUCUAUUAAAAUCCCGCUGCAGUGUCCAAAGAGCUGAGGAUUGGUUAAAUCCUAGUCAAGUGUUGGAAGCUUUUGAGGCAAGAGCUGCUAGAAUGUCUGUCUCCUGCGCUCAAAAUCUAAGCAAGUUUUCCAAUCCUGAAGAAGGGUUUGCUGAGCUAUCAGCUGAUUUAGUUGAGGCAGCAGUGGCUCACUGCCAAUUAAUUGUUGUCUCCAAAUUUCUUGACAAACUGCAACAAGAUAUCCCUGGUAAGGGGGUGAAGCAACUAUUACAAGCAGUAUGCGGCAUAUACUACCUCUCCCUGCUCCACAAGCACCAAGGCGAAUUCCUCGCCACCAGCUACAUCACCCCUAAGCAGGCGGCACUUGCUAGUGAUCAGCUCAGGGCAUUGUAUUCCAAGGUUCGUCCAAACGCCAUUGCUCUGGUUGAUGCAUUCAAUUACACAGACCACUUCCUAGGUUCUAUUCUGGGCUGCUACGAUGGAAACGUUUAUCCUAAACUGUACGAAGCUGCAAAGAAGGAUCCUUUGAAUGAUACAGUUGUACCUGAUGGCUACCAUGAGUACUUGAAGCCAUUGCUCAAGCAACAACUCCAUAGCGCUAAGCUGUAGAAAAUCUAUGGUCGAUAAAUUUGGAAUAAGAGCGUUGAACAAUGGCUACCAAUAAUUUAACAAUGUUUUAUUAGUCUAUGAAUUUGCAUAUGUAUUAUUGUUAACCCGAUUGUGUAUGACAGAAUCUUCUCUAGCUAUUGUGCAACUUAGCAGAAAAACUUUCUGGGUGAAAUGUAGUAUCGUUUGUCUUAA